AUUGGAAGCGAAAACACGCCAGUUGAGCUCGUAAAGUUGUGAAAUUAUUGUGACACAGUUUACGAUCUUUUCGUCCUUGUAUUAGAUAGUGAUAAGUGAACUCAAGUGAUUUGCAGUUGUGUGAAGUGCCAGUGACAAUUCAAACUUCGGCUUGGAUUGCGCCAAAAAUUAGUGAUAUUUACAAUCUAAAAAGUAUACAUUUGCACAAGAAAAUGUACAACGACUCAGUUGUUCCUGUGAAAGUGGAGUCCUUCAGUGGGAUGGCUGCUAAAAGCCCAAUUGGUCAAUGUAUCAAGACGGUACUAAGGAGGGCUUGUGUGGAGAAACGGCUGACUAUUGGCCUUCUCCCCGCCAUACAGUAUCUGUCAAACAACUGCAACGGCGCCCUUUUCUGUGUGACGACGGAGGCUCUCCCCGGAGACAGCGCCACGCACAUGCAAGAAGUACUUUUGCAAGCAUUCUGUGUGGAAAAUGAUAUUUAUUGCAUUAAGGUUGAUUCAGAGUCUAAAUUAAAGAAGAUCCUCGGCUGCUGCAAAACAUCUGUUGACUUCAGCUGCAUUUUAGUCCACUACCCUUACACUGAUCCAUUCAGUGACAGCCAGGAAAUGGACAUCACAAGCCUCACGGACACAGAAAAAGAUCUGAUAGAUUACUGCGAGAACUGGGGACAUUCACAAAUCCCUGUCGUCAAACUGCCAGAGAAGUGAAUUCUUCGAAAAGGAAUAAAACGGAUAUAGAGAUAAUGACCGUAUGGUCCUUGUAUAUUGAACGAUUUCGUUCUACGCUUUUGAAUAACCACUAUAUGUUAAGUUGUAUGGGUUUUAGUGGUUUUAGAGAAUUCUCUUAUAGAAAAAGUGUAAUAUUGAUAAUUAAGAAAGUUUUUUGUAUGGUACAUUGUGCUGCUAUAGCUUUCUAAUUAAUUGUAUAUGAUGUUGGCAGGCGAUUGUAAUGAUUUUCUAUGUAUAAUUGUUAAUAUGAAUAAUCAUGUUUAAUAAAUACAAUAAUAUAGAA